AUGACAUGUAUCGAAUUUAAUAGUACUAGUAAUAGUAUAUGUGGUACUAAACCUUAUAUAAAUAUUAUCUCAUUCUAUAUAAAAGUCAUCAAUAAAUAUUGGGCUAAUUGUGCCGUACCAAUUUUAUGGGAAUCACCUUUUAAAAUUAAUGAUGUAUAUAAUCUAUUUCCUCAAGUGAUUCAAAUCUAUCGUACAUUUGUACAAGCUAAGGAUUUUCAUAUUGGUACUUUAGUUAAAAGACCACUUUAUGAUUAUCCAUCAUUUCUCAAAGAGCUCCCAUUUGAACGAUUUCUUAAUUCAGCUAUAGCAAACAACUACUCUGAAGUACUGAUAGUUGAAUUAUUUAAAAUUUUCCCAAUGCAUUUAGUAAAGUUACGUCGAUUUGAUCUUAGCCACCUACACCUUAACUUUAAUAGUCAGAUAACAUAUAGAGCUCUCCCUCAGCUUCUUGAUUACUCUUCUAUCUUUAAUAGAUUGUCAUAUCUAAAUUGUACAUAUAAUUGGGAUGUUGAUGAACCCCCAAAAGUCCAAAAAACCCAAGUCUUUAAUGCAUUGGCAAAAAGUUGUCACAAUAUUAGAAAUCUUAAGGCUACC